UUGAGGGCGGAAAUUGUCGACAAGGUUAUCUCGUUAGAGCUGACCGGUAUUCGGGGUGCCAUAUUAUCCCAGAUCAAAUUUGUCUGGGGUUACUCCUCCCUCAAAGCUGUACAAUAUAUGGAUGCGUUUACUAAGUCUCACUGUAGGGCAUUAGAAAUACCAGUUGUGCUGGACCAAGCCCUCCAACUUCAAGCCCGUUGGACGAAGGCGCACGAAGACGACCCUAAUAUAGCAUAUAGCAGAGUUCGUAACCCAUCCAGCCAUAGUGAGCUGAAUCACUCCCACUUUUCCGACUUUUAUUAUGCAUUAAUUGCUUACGCGAAAAUAAACAAACUGGUAGGAGAUAACUUCGAGUUAUCACAAGCGCAUACCUCAAGACACGCAUAUCUUAUAGACAAGUACAUUAGAAAGACUACAGCCGCAGAGUUGGGCGAGAUGUCGGAGGAGACCAAAAACAAGUUAUCUCGCCUUGGAUAUCCUGUGGCACAAAGAAGACGGCGCCACUCUGAGAGUGACGAGGAGGAGAGCGAGCCUGUGAGAAGGAGAUCUCGCAGAUAA